CUGAAUGAAACGAUCGCAGAAAUGUUUGUGGUUCAGUCUUGAAAUAUUGCAUGUCUUCUUUGAUACUUUACUGUUCUAGGGAAUAAUGAGUAUCGACGUGAAGCAGCAAAAGAUGGCGGCUGUCGAGCCUGGCUUUGUGUUUGAUGAAGAGAGUUUCCCUAAUCCUGACCUUCCACACGGCCUAGAUGUGGUGGAGGUUCCGCUCAGGCUUGCCACGCCGGAGUCGCUCAAAGGCUUCGGCAUCCUGAUCUCGCAGCCAGAUGAGCUUACUGUGGAGAAGAAGAACUUUGAAAUCGUCAAGUGGCCCGUGGGUGGCUGGCGAGAGCUGGAUCCCAACACUGGAGAUGAAGCCGGUACGACCGAGGGCGACUUUGAGGUCCACUGGCAGGGCGACUACUAUAUGGGCAAAAACCUGGCCAUUAACACGACCAACAAUGUCUACUUGGACGGCCUAGGCUGCAAGCCGGAGCAUGCUUCACGCACGGACACCGAUGCAUGUGGCAGUGAUGACAACAUCUACCUAUGGAUGUCUGACUACCACCCGGAUGGCGGUCAGCUUUUCUACCCGCGCGGGGAUCCCGUCCCAUUCACCGUUUGCCUCGGCCCAGCAUCCUGCGGAGAUGACGUCAAACCAACCGAUAUGGUCUCCUUUCACGUGCCUGCCGGCAAAGGUGUGUACAUCCAUCCGGGUACGUGGCACAACGGAGUGUACAUGCGCAAGAAGUACUGCCCCGCUACGAUGCUGACGCGCCAGGGACGGGUGCAUGGUCGUGUCAGUGCCAGCUGGGCGGCUGAGUUCAAGUGCCUACUGAAAGUAUCCUUACUGCCAACAGCCGAGUAAUACGCAGUACACGUGCUGUGCGUCUAGCUACAACAGACAUCCCUGGGUGCGAUACUCCCUCGCAUAAUAUACAUGCACUCUGUGCUGACAUCACACUACUAGCUCUAGCUCCGUCAUUACCUCUACAGCCUCCUGCCUUCAACUUGCUCACACCUUGCUCACUACCUCCUGCACCAGCCACACAUUCUGCGCUAACAUUGCAUUGCUAGCCCUGUCACUGCCUCUACAGCCUGCCUACCUACUGCCUACAACAACCACACACUCUGCACACAGCCGCCUACCUAAAAUAAUACCUCUAGCCGUGAAACCUAUACAACCCCUACAUUCAUAUACAGCUUUUCAUCCAGCGCUACAAGACCCACCCUCUCCUGGUGUAUAUACCGGCAUGGCCAGUAGUAGUACCCCAUCCUCAUGCUGCCUGAUGAUUGCGAGAGCAUGAAACUUUGAGUAGCGACAAGCAAACCUUGAUUACCCUUGUUCUGUAUACUCCCAAACAAAUACUGUGCUGUAUUAUUCCGGUAUAAACUAUAGCCGAAGCCGAUUUCGUGUUUCUCUGGCUUGCAUUGAAUAAUCCAACUUCUUUUCACCCCCUGUGUGGCAACUGAACUAGCUCUAUGCCAGUGUGUUUUGAGCAUCCUAUGUCAUUUUGACAGACAACAUGAAGAUGGUAAUUAGAAUCACUGUCCUUUACACCCAGCUCAAUUUUAUUGGGUCACGGUUCCCUUCAGAAGGAAAUACUCUGCUUCUGCAGGAUUACCCUGGCAAAUUAUGAUUCACUACUUCUUUCACGUACUGCAAGUAUCUAAGA